GAAAAAUGUAAACAAACUUUAACUGUAGAAAAAAUUUUUUUUUUGUAUCAAAUUUUAAAUUAAUUUAAGCUCAUGGAAACCGAAGACGGCACAAUUGUCGUCGAAAUCGAAGAACAAACCACUGACGAGCCUCAAGAUGUCGAAACUUUGGAAACAUUUUCCGAAUGGCAUCAAUGCCCGCUUUGCGAGGAAUAUUUCCGCAUAUCCAAAUCCCUGCUCGAACACAUGAUCCUCAAACAUCGCAGCGAAAAACAAUGGAAACUCUCGGAAAUGCUGAACAUCAUCGAGUCCCGCGAGACAAUUUACUCCUCAGACAGCGACUGCGACUACGAAAUUUCGAUCGAAAUCACAAAACGACCCGUUUCACGAGCAGUUUUCAAGGAAAAUCUCCGAAAAAUGCAAAAACAAACGGAACCUUUGCGGAUAAUUGACAGCAAUGAACGCUCCGACGACGAUUUAAGUGACGAAACGCGCGUCAAAUGCCCAAAAUGCGACGUCACAUUCACAACUCGCAAAAUUCUGCGAUCUCACAUCAAAUUAUUUCACGUCGAGGAAAUGGGAAUUGUGGAUUACGAGCUCGGGGGACGCGAAAAACUCGAAUGUCCCGAAUGUACGAGAGUUUUGUGCGAUCCGCGAAAUUUGCGGAAGCACGUGAAGCUUUGUCACAACAAAAAUAUCCGGUUCAGGGACGAAAAAACGGGAAAAUGGGGCAAAUUGUUGACUUUCACAGCGGAAAAAAUGAAAACUUUACAAAAUUCAUCGUCUUCAAAGGACUUUCCCAUCGUUCGAGGGACAGAUAAAGACACGGGACGAAUAAUUUUCAAAUGCGGUUUGUGCGGUUUUGGUCCAUUUUUGUGUCCGCGAGCGAUAAAAAGGCAUCAAACGAAGGAACAUGGCCGAGAACCGUUGAAAGUCGAUACGAAAGACGAGAUUUUCCGCUGUGAUCAAUGCUCGAAGGAGUUUUGGAACAAAGAUAACUUGAUGCGUCACAUGAAACUUCACUCCGAUGCCAAAAAUUACGUUUGCAACUUUUGUGGGAAUGCGUACAAGACUUCGGCGGUGCUGCGGAAGCAUCGUUUAGCGCACGUUCAUAUCAAAUGUUUGCUCUGUGGCGAAGAAUUUUACCUGAAAUCCGAUUAUAAAGCGCAUCACAAGGCGCGGCAUGACAACGAAGAGAAAAGUUUCGAGAGCAGGGAGCCAGAUAUUGAACCGAUUCAGAAGAGGAUGCCGCAUAUCCCGAAAAAAGUCGAAGAUCCGGUGAAAUGUGAGCGAUGCAAACGAAUUUUUGCGGCAAUGUGCGGCUAUAAAGUGCACAAAUGUGUGGAAAAUGAGAAAAAUGUCUGUAAUGUGUGUGGAAGUAAAUUUCGAUCGAAAAAACGGUAUCAGGCGCAUGAAUGUCCGGGAGUUUUAGGAAUUAAAAUUGUAGAAGACGAAGAAAUAGAAAUAGAAGAAGAAGUACUUUAAGCAAACUUUAAGAUAAAAAAUAAAUUAGAAUUUUAAAAAAUAUUUUUAAAAAAUAAUUAAAAAAAAAUUAAAAGAAAAUUAUAUUAC